AUGAUGCUAGAUUCUGUUUCUGUUGCAGGUGACAUAUGUGUGACUGAGUGUGGAAAAGGCUUCUUCAAUGAUGACAUGUUUAGAGAAUGUGAACCUUGCCAUAGGAGCUGCAAAACCUGUGUUGGGUAUAGCUACAAGAACUGCACUGAGUGCAGAAAAGAUUUCCUGCUGUCUAAUGGACAGUGCCUGAAUCCAAGAAAUUAUCAACCCAUUGGGAAAUUCUGGGAUGAUACAACCUGUGUUGAAACGUGCCCAGAUGGAUAUUAUGCUGACAGCGACGAGGGAUGGUGUUCCCCAUGCCACAGUGCCUGUGCCACCUGCAGUGGAAAACACAGCUCGCAGUGCCUUUCCUGCAAACCGGGCUGGUACAGACAAGGAAAAGGAUGUGUAAACCAAUGUCCAUCAGGCUAUUUUGCACAAAACUCCACUGGAUCAUGUGAGCGAUGCCACAAGGGCUGUAAGGAGUGUAUGGGGCCUCAACAAACAGACUGCCUUUUCUGUGAUACAUUUUUCUACCUGUUGCGCUCCAAGAACCAAUGUGUUAGCUCUUGUCCUGAAUAUUACUAUGAAAACAAGGAUAACAAUAUCUGUGAAAGAUGCCACCCAUUCUGUCGAACUUGUACAGGGAAGGAAGCAUUCAGCUGCACAUCUUGUGUAUGGAGCUACAGUUUGUUAGGUGGAAUGUGCAACUCAGACUGUUUUGUAGGUAGCUACAAAGUCGAAGAUGCAUCAGGACAAGAGGAGGAUGAGCCCAAGUGUGAGAGCUGUGACAGCACGUGCACAGAGUGCAAGGGACCCGGACCUCUCAACUGCACCAUCUGCCCAGCCGGCGUGCAGCUCUACCUUGAGCAAGGCCGCUGCCUGCCCUGCUGCAGGGACCCCGACCCAGAAGCCAUCCCGGAGUGCUGUGACUGCAGCGAAACGCAAGAUGAUUGUGUAUUGCGGACCACUCAACCACCUGCAAGCAAAAGCAAAACUUCUUUCUUUGUCAUUACGUCAAUUUUGCUUCUCCUUGUCAUUGGAGCCAUUGUAGUCAUCUGGAGAAAAUCAAAAUCCAAAAGACAAGCUGCCAUGAAAGGUGGAUAUGAGAAGCUGACAAAUCACUCCAAAGUCCUUCCUUCCUACAUGAGCAACUACCAUGAGACCACGAGCUAUCAGGAAGAUCAAGUGAUUGAGUACAGAGAUCGAGACGUUGAAGACGAUGAUGAAGAUGAUAUUGUAUAUAUGGGCCAGGAUGGCACAGUGUAUCGUAAAUUUAAAUAUGGACUUUUGGAGGACGACGAAGAAGAUGAGCUUGAAUAUGACGAUGAAAGUUAUUCAUUUAGAUAA